AUUUACUCGUUUUUUAAUUAAAAGAAAGUUUAUUUGGGUAUUUAUUUAGUUCGUAAUAAAAAAAUUAAAUUAAAUAUUAUUUAAUUUUGAAAAUGGCGACUGCAUCUGACGCUAAUACUUCUACAAAUUCUGGUGAGCUGACUGAAACAAGUUCAAACAAAAAAAUGUACACGUUACUGCCUGAGUAUGAGUUGAGAUUUGAGGUUGACAAAGCUGCUGGCUCUAUUACCAUUGAAUUAGUAUCAGGAACAGCAGAGUUCUUUGGCUCAGAAUUAGUGAAAAAAAAGAUCUACAAAUUUUCAGUUGGGGCCAAGGGUGCCAUCUUCACUUACGAGGGUUGUGAGUUGUGCGUGUGUGGUGAGGCUAAUGAAGUCUAUACUGCCAACAGUCCAAUGAUGAUGAUGUACGCAAAUUUGCACGCUGGUCUUGAUCAGAUGAGGAAGAAGGCAGAAGAAUCAAUGAACAGAGGACCAAGGGUGUUGAUAGUCGGUCCGACGGAUGUAGGUAAAAGUACACUUUGUAAGAUAUUAGUGAACUAUGCGGCCAGAUUAGGCUGGACCCCCAUUCUUGUUGAUCUAGAUGUUGGACAGAACGAGAUCUCAAUUCCAGGAACUGUUGGGGCACUGUGUAUCACACGUCCGGCUGACAUUCAAAAUGGCUACGACCUCGACAACCCUCUCGUGUUUCAUUUCGGACACAAGGCCCCAUCCGAGAACACGUCCUACUACAAUUCACUAGUUAGUGUAAUGGCCGAGGCCGUCAACUACCGAUCCGAAUUUAAUAACCAUUGUAACAUUAGUGGGGUUAUCAUCAAUACGUGUGGCUGGGUUAAAGGAAGUGGCUACGACUGCCUGAAGCAUGCUGCCUCUGCUUUCGAGAUUGAAAUCUUAGUUGUAAUGGAUCACGAGCUACUCUACACGAAAUUUCAAAAAGACAUCCCUGAUUUCGUUAAGAUCGUUAUGCUGCCCAAAUCCGGCGGGGUCGUUGAGAGGAGUCAAAAUUUCCGAACGAACAAGAGAUAUACAAAGAUAAAAAAUUAUUUCUAUGGCGUUUCCGGCAAUCUAUACCCUCACACGUUCGAAGUCAGGUUUCAAGAUGUCGAGAUUUAUAAGAUUGGAGCUCCUAAACUUCCGGACUCCAUGCUCCCAUUAGGAAUGAUCCCAGAAGAUAACAAUAUGAAGCUGGUUCCUGUUACCAUAUCUGGCUCGUUAGAACACCACGUACUGAGUACAAGUUAUGCAAUUUCCAAGGAGGAAGUUAUAAGAACCAAUGUCUCUGGAUUCGUCAUUAUAACUAAAGUGGAUACGGAAAGACAAUUACUAACUCUGCUGUCUCCAGGACCAAGGCCUUUCCCAUGGAACAUUCUUCUGCUUAUGGAAAUUACCUUCAUGGAAACAUAAUAAUUAUAAUCGUAAUAAUAGUCAUAAUUAUCGUCAAAUUAUAACCCUGAACUAUAUACUUUCCCCGCAAUCGUGAAAAUUAAAGCAAUGAAUAUUAUAAUUUUAAUUAUUAUAAUUAAGUAUAA